AUCUUGACCUUUCUCAAAAGGGCACGGUUAGACUCGAUUAGGCAUUUUAACGGCAUCCAAAUUGAUCGCCAACUCAUCACCGCAUUAGCCGAGAGAUGGAGGAAGGAGACCCAUUGUUUCAACUUUAGAGAAGGAGAGGCCACCAUCACGCUAAAGGAUGUCGCCAUCCUAACCCAUCUGCCCAUCGACGGCAAACCGGUGUGCGUGAGUGAUCAUCCCCCCGAGGAUCGUGACGGUAUGCCCGGUUGGGUUCAUUUCAUCCACAGUCAUUUAGGAGUGAAAGUACCGGUGAAGGGUUGCGUUGAUGCGACCGAUCGCAUGCCACCAAUGAGGAAACACCAAGUCUCAAUUACAUGGUUGACGAAGUAUUUUAGAGACCAUUACGAGAGUCAUCCCCUAACCGAGGAAAGUCCGGAGGAUGAGAAGGAGAGAUAUGCUCGUGUCUAUCUCAUAGGCAUGAUCGGAGGAGUGUUCUUCUCCAAGAAAUCAAGCAAUCUCCUUAGUUGUGGAUGA